GUGUUAGCCCGCGGUGGUCGGGUUGGGGGGGGAGCACUCGGGUUGUUCGGGGCCGGGCUGCAGCCCAAGCCUCUGUCCAGCGCGUCUCGGUGGGAGGGUGGGGGCCGUGGCCCCGGAAGGUGCAGCUCGCUCCGGGUUCCGGUGGUCUCCCCCAAGCCAGGGGGUUGAGAUGGAGUACUCCCUCCUCUGCCCAAACGUGUAACCCAAGGCCAGCCAGCGUGCAACUGGAGAUACUCCUGCCUCAGCCUCCUGAGGGCUGGCGUGACAGGCUGGUGCGGCCACUUCCGCCUCUGUUGAAGAUCAGGACCAUGGAAAGCAAACCAUUGGUGGUUUCCAAACAGAAGUCGGAAGUGGUGUGUGGAGUGCCCACCCAGGUGGUCUGCACAGCUUUCAGCAGCCACAUCCUAGUUGUUGUGACCCAGUUCGGAAAGAUGGGUACACUGGUCUCCCUGGAGCCCAACAAUGUGGCCCAUGACAUCAGCAAGCCUGUGCUCACGACCAAAGUCCUUCUCGGGCAGGACGAGCCUCUCAUCCACGUCUUUGCAAAGAACCUGGUAGCAUUUGUGUCUCAAGAAGCAGGAAACAAAGCAGUCUUGCUAGCCAUGGCUGUGAAGGACAAGAGCGUGGAGGGGCUGAAGGCCUUGAAGGAAGUAAUCCGGAUGUGCCAGGUGUGGUGACCCACAGUCAGCGGAGUGGAGACCAGGGACACUCAGUCCACUCAGGGCCUCGGAGACCCCUCCUUCCAUUGCUGCUUGGUGGAGGAACUUUCUCUGGCUUUGGACAUGCCAGCAUCCUGUCAGGAGACUCCCCGGUGUGACGGGGGAGGCAGGAAGCAUGCUGGGGACGCUGAGAAUGGCUCCCUCUGGGCCUCAGCCGGCGUCUCAGAGUGAAAGGCACAGCCAGCCAGUGGGACCCACAGCCCUCAGCAAGCAGGACUUGUGGGAGAGUUUUUUAAUUAAAAGUGAAUAUCCUAAAAUA